ACUUUUUGACUUUCGCUUUGUUUUGAAUAUUUGACAUUUCAAAAAUUUUUACCGCGCUCUACAAAAGAAAACCUAAAAAAAUUUAAUCAACAAAAUAAACAAAUUUAAAUUAAAAACAAAUUACCCAAAUGGCUAGUGAAGAUCUCUUUGCUGAAGAAUUAACUGAAGAAUCUGUGCCCACCUUUGACAAUGAAAUCGAAGAAGCUACCGAAGAAGUUGAGGCUACACAAAAUCCAGCACAAGUUGGAACAGAUAACGAAACAGCUUCACAUCUAGAAAAACAGAAAUCCGACAAAACGAAUGAACAUAAACUUUUACAACUUCCCUUGGCCAGGGUAAGAAAUAUCAUGAAACUAGAUCCAGAUCUGCACAUUGCUUCCAAUGAAGCUGUUUUCUGUGUUACACGCGCAACAGAACUCUUUAUUGGUUCAUUAGCCAGAGAAUCCUAUCAUUGUACGACAGAAAACAAAAAGAAAACUAUCCAAAGAAGAGACAUCGACAUGGCAAUCAACACGGUGGAAUCUCUAGACUUCCUUGAUGGAGCAAUGUUCUAGAGUUUAAGUUACAUUUAAAGUCAAACAAAUAGCCUCUAAUAUGUACAUUAUUAUUAAAAAACUAUUUUCAUACAAUCGAAUCAAUUAAAAAUGUUUUUUUUUUUUGUUUUGUAAACAAAAACGCAGUUUUAA